CUUCUGUUUCAUUCUCUGCUUGGACAGUAAGCUCACCUCCCCUCUCUCUCCUCGCUUUCCUCACGCUACUGCAGGGUGGGAGAUGCAACAAUGGCCUUGAGAACAGCAGGAAGUGUGUUGGUGGUCUUUCUCUGGUCUGUAGCAGGUGUUCUGGGACAAAAUACUGUGAUGAGUGUCUGUACCUUAAAGGGGUCAUCAGUGGACAUGCGCUGUCCUAUUCCCAGUGUGACCCAAGUCACAGAGAUAGUCUGGUAUAACAAACGGUUGAAUGGUAAGCCUUAUGAUCUGAGAAGGGACCCUAAUUAUGAAGGUCGUGUGGAGUACCAUGGAACUACAGAGAAGGACUGCAUCCAGAAAAUCACAGACCUGAGACAGAGAGACAUAACAACAUAUUACUUCAGAUAUAAAACAAACCAGUAUUCAGAAUGGACAUAUUCAUAUGGAUUCCCUCUCAGUCUCACAGAUCUAAAGGUGGAGAGGAUAUAUGACAACAAACUGACAUGUAAAACCACCUGUACUCUGACUGGUAACCCCACAUACAUCUGGUACAAGAAUGGACAACAUCUAGAUGAGAGCACCUCCCCCCAAUACAAAGACCCAGUCUCCAGUAACUAUGUAGACAGCUUCUCCUGUGCUGUAAAAGGCCAUGAGGAUCUCCGCUCUCCUGCAGUGUGUGCUCAGGGUCACAACUGCUGGAGAGUGACUUACACCAAGAGGAGAAUCUGUGUCUUGAAGGGCUCCAAAGUGGACAUAUCCUGCUCUUACACUCAUCCCACUAGUUACAUAGAACAAGGUUCAUUCUGGUUUACACAGAAACACCCUGUAGAUCUCAGUUCAUAUCCAGAGUAUGCAGGUCGUGUGGAGUACAAUAGAAACACAGAGAACCACCACACCAUGACAAUAACACACCUGACAGAGAAGGACUCUGCUGAAUACAAAUUCAGAUUAACAACAACAGAUGAGGGGAGAUUUUCUGGCCUUCCUGGUGUGAUGUUGACUGUCACAGAUAAUAGUCCACCUACAGUUAGUACUGUAAUAGGACAAGUCUAAUCACAUGACAAGUCUGUCUGGAGUCAAAUAUGACUGAUGUUUCCUCUUAGAUAUCCUGUUGGAGAUGGAUCCUACGUCUGUGUCUGAGGGGGAGAGAGUCACACUGAGAUGUAGAACCCAUUGUACAGUCGCUCUCAACCCCACCUACAUCUGGUACAAGAACGGACAACGUCUAAACAACCCAAUCACCAGUUAUAACAGUCUGAUCCUAGACCCAGUCACCAGUUAUAACAGCCUGAUCCUAGACCCAGUCACCAGUUAUAACAGCCUGAUCCUAGACCCAGUCACCAGUUAUAACAGCCUGAUCCUAGACCCAGUCACCAGUUAUAACAGCCUGAUCCUAGACCCAGUCACCAGUUAUAACAGUCUGAUCCUAGACCCAGUCAUCAGUUAUAACAGCCUGAUCCUAGACCCAGUCAGCAGUGAGGAUGCAGGGAACUACUCCUGUGCUGUAAAAGGCUUAGAGAGAAUCCUCUCUCCAGAAGAGACUCUCACUGUCAGAUAUGGUCCAAGGAACACCUCAGUGUCAGUCAGUCCCUCUGGUGAAAUAGUGGAGGGCAGUUCAGUGACUCUGACCUGCAGCAGUGAUGCCAACCCACCUGUGGACAAAUACACCUGGUACAAGAAGAAUGGAGGUCACUAUCAGUUAUACUAUGUGAACACAGGACCACAUCUUGUCUUCAACCAUAUCCAGUCAUCUGACACUGGAGAGUACUACUGUGAGGCCUGGACUGGGAUUAAAACAGAGAGGUCUGAGUCAAUCAACAUUGAUGUGAAAUACGCUCCAAGGAACACCUCAGUGUCAGUCAGUCCCUCUGGUGAAAUAGUGGAGGGCAGUUCAGUGACUCUGACCUGCAGCAGUGAUGCCAACCCACCUGUGGACAAAUACACCUGGUACAAGAAGAACGUAACCUCAGCAAAAGCAUCAGGACAGAGUUACAGCAUCACUAACAUCAUCUCUGAGGACAGAGGAGAAUACUACUGUGAGGCAGAGAAUAAAUAUGGACGUCUCAACUCUUCUUCUGCGUCUGUGGACGUUCAGUAUGGUCCAAAGAACACCUCAGUAUCAGUCAGUCCCUCUGGUGAAAUAGUGGAGGGCAGUUCAGUGACUCUGACCUGCAGCAGUGAUGCCAACCCACCUGUGGACAAAUACACCUGGUACAAGAAGAACGUAACCUCAGCAAAAGCAUCAGGACAGAGUUACAGCAUCACUAACAUCAUCUCUGAGGACAGAGGAGAAUAUUACUGUGAGGCCCAGAAUGGAAGAGGAUCUAUGAACUCUACAGCUCUGAUGAUCAUUGUAGCAGGGAAACAGACCUCAGCUGUUCCUGCAGCUGUACGAAUCACAGUGGUUGUUCUGGUUCUCAUCCUCUGUCUCUCUGGACUCAUGUGUUUCAGGAAGAAGGCCUCCAAAUCCCCCUCUGUCACAAGAGUCAUAGCAGACCAUGGACAGGGAGACUCUAGUCCAGGUAAUGACAACAUCUCAGACAUGGCCAUGAUCCCUACUGCAGCACAGACAGCGGCCACAGACGACCAGGAUGAUGUUCACUACGCCAGCGUCCACUUCUCUCGCUCCAAAAACCAGGAAGUGCCUCUGUACUCCACCGUCCAGCUGCCUCAGCCCCAGAAAGAGGAUGAGGAUGUCCAGUACGCUGCUCUGAAAUUCAACCUCCCAGUGCUGCCACCCGGAGAGAAUAUUCUGCAUUAAGCACAAGCAGCUGAGGAGGACUCCUCUGUUCUCUACAGUACAGUCAACAAACCCAGAACCAAGAAGACCUGAACACAACAAACCCAGAACCAAGAAGACCUGAACACAACAAACCCAGAACCAAGAAGACCUGAACACAACAUCCCCAGAAAGAAGAAGACCUGAACACAACAAACCCAGAAAGAAGAAGACCUGAACACAACAAGUUUGACAAAAACCUUGUAUAUCUUGACCUGUAUAUUUAAACUAAGUGACAGAAGGCCUGUGGAGGUGUGGAAUAUUGACCAUAAUAAACUGGGUGGUUUGAGCCUUGAAUGCUGAUUAGCUGAAAGGCGUGGUAUACCAGACCGUAUACCAUGGGUAUUUAAAUUUGUAUUUACUGGUCUAAGUACAUUGGUAACCAGUUUAAAAUAAUGCACCUCGGGGUUUGUGGUAUGUGGCCAAUAUACCACGGCUGCAUCAAAGCACUCCGCGUUGUGCAUAAGAACAUCCCUUAACGGUAGUAUAUUGGCCAUAUACCACACCUCCUCUGGCCUUAUUGCUUGAGUUUAUCAUGGCAUUUAAAUUGGUUAACAACAUAAAUAGAACAGUAAACAAUUAUUUUUACGUCAUACCCGUGGUAUAUUGUCUGAUAUACAGUAUAGACUUCUGAAAUUCUGUUUCAGCCAAUCAGCAUCCAGGACCCAAACUACCCAGUUUAUAAUAGUAUAUAGUAAUAUAUGCCAUCUAGUAGACACUUUUAUCCAAAUUCACUGUCAUUACAGUCAUGUUUGAAUACAUUUGUUGUAUGUGAAGUCCCAGCAGGAAUUGAACCAAUGCGUCAUGCUGUACCAAUGGAGCCACAGGACUACUGUAUUCACACUUAGAGUAGGAGUUCUGAUCUAGGGUCAGUUAUGACUUUGAAACAAUGAUGAAUAAGAAAAGGACCUUAACAUUUUGAAAAUAUAUUUUUAAGUUGAAAAAUAUUGUAUUUCUGACCUAGGCAACCUUGAGUUGCAGUUGUUACAGUGCAUUCGGAAGGUAUUCAGACCUCUUGACUUUUUCCACAAUUGGUGAUGUUUCAAACUUGAUUGAUGAAAUUUGAUGAAAUUGUUUUCUUUCCUCAUCAAUCUCCACACAAAACCCAAUAAUGAUAAAGCAAAAAAGGGUUUUAGAAAUUUUGCGAAUGUAUAAAAACAAAAAACUGCAAUAUCAAAUUUACAUAAAUAUUCAGACCCUUUAAUCAGUACUUUGUCGAAGCACCUUUGGUAGCGAUUACAGCCUCGAGUCUUCUUGGGUGUGACGCUACAAGCUUGACACACCAGUAUUUGGGGAGUUUCUCCCAUUCUUAUCUGCAGAUUCUCUCAAGCUUGGUCACGUUGGAUGGGGAGAGUCGCUGCACACAUAUUUUCAGGUCUCUCCAGAGAUGUCCGAUCAUGUUCAUGUCCGGGCUCUGGCUGGGCCACUCAAGGACAUCGAGAUUUCUCCCGAAGCCACUCCUGCGUUGUCUUGGCUGUGUGCUUAGGGUCCUUGUCCUAUUGGAAGGUUGAACCUUCGCCCCAGUCUGAGGUCCUGAGCCCUUUGGAGCUGGUUUUUAUCAAUGAUCUCGGUUCAUCUGCUCCGUUCAUCUUUCCCUCGAUCCUGGCUAGUCUCCCAGUCCCUGCCGCUGAAAAACAUCCCCACAGCAUGAUGCUGCCACUGCCAUGCUUCACCUUUGGGAUGGUGCCAGGUUUCCUCCAGACGUGAUGCUUGGCAUUCAGGCCAAAGAGUUCAAUCUUGGUUUCAUCAGACCAGAUAAUCUUGUUUCUCAUGGUCUGAGAGUCUUUAGGUGCCUUUUGGCAAACUCCAAGCAGGCUUUCAUGUGCCAUUUACUGAGGAGUGGCUUCCGUCUGGCCACUCUAUCAUAAAGGCCUGAUUGGUGGAGUGCUGCAGAGAUGGCUGUCCUUUUCGAAGGCUCUCCCAUCUCCAAAGAGGAACUCUGGAGCUCUGUCAGAGUGACCAUCGGGUUCUUGGUCACCUCGCUGACCAAGGCUCUUCUGGGGCCAGCUCUAGGAAGAGUCUUGGUGGUUCCAAACUUCUUCUAUUUAAGAUUGAUGGAGGCCACUGUGUUCUUGGACCUUCAAAAAUGCAGAAAUGUUUUGGUACCCUUCCCCAGAUCAGUGCCUCAUCACAAUCCUGUCUCGGAGUUCUAGAGACAAAUCCUUCGACCUCAUGAUUUUUGCUCUGACGUGCACUGUCAACUGUGGGACCCUAUAUAGAUGGGUGUGUUCCUUUCCAAAUCAUGUCCAAUCAAUUGAAUUUACCACAGGUGAACUCCAAUCAAGUUGUAGAAGCAUCUAAAGGAUGAUUCAUUGAAACAGGAUGCAGCUGAUUUCAAUAUCGAGUCUCAAAGCAAAAUGUCUGCAGACCUUUCUAAAAACCUGUUUUUGUUUUGUCAUUAUGGGAAUAGAAUGGUAUAUUUGUAUUUAAUCUAUUUUAAAAUAAGGCUGUAACGUAACUACAUUUUUUUUAAAGUCAAGGGGUCUGAAUACUUUCCCAAUGCAUUGUAUAUAAUUAUAUAUAUUUUAUGUGUUUCUGAAACAAUCAUCAAACUUGGGAGACUUUUGCUUCAACGUCCAGGAAAGAGUUCUGCUUGAUGCACCGUUUCUUAAUGCUUUUAUCAAAUGUUUGUUUUUGUAAACUGUGU